UGCGGCCUAUUUACCCAAGUUAGAGGGGCCUGUGGAAACAUGAAGAGGGUAAGCAGCUGUGUGAAGACUGAUGAGCAUGUCCUGGAGGAGUUGGAAACCGAAGGGGAGAGGCAACUGAAAAGCCUCCUGCAGCAUCAACUUGAUACUUCUGUCUCCAUUGAGGAAUGUGUGUCUAAGAAAGAGAGCUUCACUCCUGGUACUAUGUAUAAACCCUUUGGGAAGGAAGCAGCUGGGGCUAUGACUUUAUCUCAGUUCCAAGCACUGCAUGAGAAAGAACAAGAAACUGCUUCUCUCAGGGAAUUAGGGCUCACUGAAACAGAAAUAAUGGUCUGGAAAAGCCAUAUUUCAGGUGAAAAGAGGAGAAGACUGAGGGCAACCCCUGAAGCAAUACAAAAUCGUCUGCAAGAUAUUGAAGAAAGAAUCUCAGAGCGGCAGCGCAUCCUGUGCCUGCCACAGAGAUUUGCAAAGAGCAAACAGCUGACUCGGCGAGAAAUGGAAAUAGAAAAAUCUUUAUUUCAGGGAGCUGACCGUCACUCCUUCCUUAAGGCUCUUUAUUACCAAGCAUGCCACAAAAAGACAUGUGCAGACAAGUACAUGACCUCAAUGAAGAGGAAGAUAAAAUUAGGCACAAAAGAUGAACCCCAAAAGAAGAAUAAAGGUGAUCUCAUGAACAACUUGGAAAAAUUUUACCAAGAGAUGAUAAUGAAAAAACAUCUUGAAGAGUUACAACUUAUGAGAGGUGAACCCUUUGCUUCCCACUCACUGGUCUCAGCUACAUCAGUGGGAGAUAGUGGCACUCCUGAGAACUCGUCAUUACUCCAGGACAAGGGACAGGCAGCACAGGGUAAAGGUCCUAGUCUCCAUGUGGCAAAAGUUAUUGAUAAUUCACCUGAGCAAUGUUGGACUGGGCCUAAGAAGCUGACGCAACCAAUAGAAUUUAUUCCAGAAGAUGAGAUCCAGAGAAAUCGUUUGUCAGAGGAAGAUAUCCGAAAAAUUCCUAUGUUUUCUUCAUAUAAUCCAGGGGAGCCAAACAAGGUGUUGUACCUGAAGAACCUUAGCCCUCGGGUGACUGAAAAAGAUCUUAUCUCACUGUUCGCUCGGUUCCAGGAGAAAAAAGGACCUUUAAUACAAUUCCGAAUGAUGACUGGACGAAUGAGGGGUCAAGCUUUUAUUACCUUCCCCAAUAAGGAGACAGCAUGUCAAGCAUUGCAUUUAGUAAAUGGAUAUAAACUACAUGGGAAAAUAUUGGUGAUAGAAUUUGGAAGGAAUAAAAACCAACGAUCAAAUUUCCAGGAUGCUUCUCUCUCACCGCCUGCUACAGAUAACACUGCAGGAAUCGGUGGUAGCUAGAAAACAGGCAGAUUGUGAGUCCUAGGGUAUCUUUCUUGCAUCAGAACUUUAGACCUAGGACUUGUCUAUAAAUAGAAAUUUAUUUAGAAUUGAAGGAGAAAAAGAAAAAGCCAAUUAAAAUAAUCAGAUUAUCUUUCAGAUUUUUAGAAAGAAUUGUUGAUAUCAUUUCCUGUGGUCAAAGACUAUAUAGGACAGACAAUAUGCUGAGUAGGAAAGGUAUAUAGACGGUAUCACUUUCUCAGGAUAAAUUGCAACAAAUUUCUUCCAAGAACUUUUUUAAUGUUUAUAAUUUAUCUGAGGUCUUAAAUAUUUGUCCAUAAAGUUAAGAUUCUUUCCAAGGUGAUUAUAUGCAAUAGUCCAUUUGUCCCUAAUUGUAUUCACCUAGUAAAUAAAUAAAAAGGAACCCAGGCCUAAACUUCAACAGAUACAAAUAAAUGGGAACUGUCAGUAGUAAUAGUAAGUAGUUUCAUAAGUCAGUCCACAUUUUAAAGGAAUGCUUCCCCCCAUUACUGUCUUUAAGAAGUUAUAUAUUUUUCUAACAAAAAUAUUGAGAUCAAAUAUUGAUUUUUCUCCCUCACAUUAAAGCUAGCUACCAUUGAGUAAUCAUUGAGUUCAAAGCAAUAAACACUGAAUAAGUGUCUAUAUAUAGUAGUUAUUUGAAUUUUGGAAGGCACUAGCAAAAAACACAAAAGGAGGUGGAAGAGUUGCCUAGAAGAGUCAACCAUUUCUGAAUCUCCUGCUUACUUGCUUAUAAUUCCUGAAGAACAGAUGAAAAAUAGAGAAGGAAAUAAGUACACACUUUUUAGUCUCAUCUGUAUUUGAUCAUCAUAGCCACAGCCAGCCACCCUGUGACGUUGGCAAGGCACUUAACCUGAGCCUCAUUUUUCUCAUCUGUUAAAUGAGGACAGUACUACUAAUUACCUCAUUGGAUUGUGAGAACUGAGUAACAAUAUUUUCUAGCCUGAAUAUCAGAAUAAAAAAUAAAAACAAAGUAUAGGACAAUUAAUCACUACAAUGUACUUGUAAUGGAGUGCCAGAAAAAAAGACAGAGGAGGAGAAUUUUUUCCCAAUAAAUAAUAGCAAUAAGCAUCCACCACUUGAUAUGUUAUUCUAGACUUAUAUGUUACUCUACACAUAAAAAUCUCAGUGAACCCCAAAUAAGGUAAACAAACAAACAAACAAAAAAGUCCACAGACACAUCAUGAUAAAAAUGCUAAAUCCCAAAGAUGAGAAGCUCCUGAAAGUAGUACAAACAAAAUGAAUGUCACUUUUAAGGGACCUCUAAUAAAAUUAAUAGCUGACAUCGCAUCAGGAACAACUAAAGUGACAGUGAGGUAUUAUAGUUAAAAUGUUGAUAUUAAAAAUAUCUAUAUAUUAACAUAGUAUUCUCUAUCCAUAAAGCUGUUUUUCUUCAAAAGUGGAAGAUGAAAUGAAGACAUCUUCAUAUCAUAAAAAACUGAAUUAGUUUGUCUCUGGCACACCUGAAUUAGAGAAAAUAUUAAAGAAAGUUCUUCAGGUUUAAAAUAAGUGAUCUCAAACCAGUUGAAUCUACCUAUACAAAAAUAGAAUGGAUCAAGAUAACUAAUUUUAAAAGAAAGUCAAAUACAAUUGUCUUAAUUGAUUUUAAAAGGAAUUUUAUAGAACAAUAUGUAUAUAGUUGCAACGUUGGAUCUAUAAUUUACCUAUAACACUAUAAUAUAUUUGCCAGUAGGGACCGGGUGGUGGCUUAUCUGGUUGAGCGCACAUGUUACAAUGCGCAAGGACCUGGGUUCAAGCCCCCAGUCCCCACCUGUAGGUGACGCAAGUGGUGACGCAGUGCUGCAGGUGUCUCUCUGUCUCUCACCCUCUCUAUCCUCCCUUCCCUCUCAAUUUCUGUCUCUAUCCAAUCAGUAAAUAAAGAUAAUUAAAAAUUAUAUAUAUAUAUUUGCCAGUAAUGGGACAAUGGAGAGAGAUAGAAACAAAUUGAUAUUGGUUUAAAGUGACAGAAGCUGGUGAUCCAUAUCCACAGGAACAAAUGAAAGCGUGGAAUAAGAAACAACAGGGCUAGUAUAGAGACUCUAUAGAUAUAUACUUGUUCUUCUUUCUUCUCUCAGCUUUAAAAGACAAAAUUAUAUUAGGUAGUAGUUAGAAUAAUGUGCUAUUUAGUAACAUGUAGAAACAACACAUGUGACAGUGUCACAAAAAUGGGAACAGGAAUGCUUCCUAUUUGAAUAAAAUUUUCUUUAUAUCUCAUUGGAAUUAAGGUAGUAUAGAUUUGAAGUGAAUUCGAUUGAAGUGUAUAAACAAACACACAAACAAAAAAACUUGAGAUGUAAAAAAUGGUAGGUUGGUCUAUAUUAAUGAAUAAACAGUCACAAGGCAGAAAUUUGUCGAACUUAAAAAAAAAACAACCAAAAAACAGGAUUCAUCACUGUCAUACUUUAUAUUCAAAAAUACAAAUGUGCUGAAGAUAAAAGGAUAGAAAUAUAUAAUACUGUAAUACUGUAAGUGAUACUGUAAGUGAUUUGGAGUAUGCUAAUAUUAAAGUAAUUUUAAAUGUCAUUAGAGCUGAAGUGUAACAUACUAAUUAAUAAAAGCAUCAAAUAUAUAAAACAGCCAUAGAAGGGGGAGAUAGCAGCACUGGGAGGGCAAUAACCUGAGGUGCCAGAGAUGCCAGGUUCAAUUCGCAGUACCACCCUAAGUCAGAGCUGAGCAGUGCUAUUAAAUAGGCAAAUAACUAUUGCAGUUAUAAUCAUAUACACACCUAAAAACAAAACCAAAUUUCAUGAAUCAAAAACUGAACUAAAGUCUACAGGGAGAGUUGCAGUGAUGGAGGGGAGGUUAUUACCCCAUUUUCAAUAAAAUAAAAAUAGAUGGAAAACAAGAAAGUAGAGAAACCAUACACACAAAGCGACUAGACUUUAAAGAGAUCUGUAAAACAUUCCACCCAAUAAGAGUAAAUAAUGUGUUCUUCUCAUGUGUUCAUGAGACAGGUCCAGCAUAAGCAAUAUCAUAGACCGUAAAACAAGACCAUCUCAGUAAGUUUAAUUGAAUUGAAAAAAACUCAAAGUGCUCUUAGACUUCAUGAAAUGAAGUUAGAAAUCAAUACCAGAAUGUUGGAAAUACACAAUUACUUACUGAGCACAUUUUUGAAGGAAUAGUAAAAAAAUUCACAAGGGAAAUGAGGAAACCCUUUGAUGUGAAUGAAAAUGAAGACAUAAUAUAUACUAAUCCAUUCAGGAUACAGCUAAACCAGUGGCUUGAGAGAAAUUUUUAGUAUAAUCGCCUACCUUUACAAAGAAAGACUGCAUUAAUUACAUCACUUUAUACAUUAAAACUGAAAAAAAGACAGAUAAACAGCCUUGAGAGAGCAGAGGGAAGGAAAUAAAAAUGAUUAGGUGAAUAAGUGACAUGGAGAAUUUUGAAAAACCAGUUGAUUCUGAAAAAGCAUCAACAAAUCUUAACAAACCUUUUAAUACAUUGAUAGGAAAAAGACUUGUAUUACUAAAUGAAGGGGCAGGGGGUGGGGAACAUUACUAGCAGCCAGAAACCAAAAGGACUAUGAAAUUAUAAACAUUGUAUGCCAAUAAAUUAAAAGAUGAAACAAAUUUCUAGACAUACAAAAAGUAUUGCAACCAAUAGAUGAAAAUAAAAUAAAAUCUGAUAAGAUCUCUCCCAAGUAAAGAAUUUGAGGUAAUGGCCUGGCAAGAGAACUCAUUUUGAUAGUGUUCUGCUUUGCCAUGUGCACCAUCCAAAUUUGAGCCUGGCCCCUGCUGCACUAAAGGAAGCUUUAGUGCCGUUGUCUCUUUCACUCUCUACCUCUGUCUCUAUCUUAGAGAGAGAGAGAGAUUAAAGUUCUAAUAUGUUAAUACCUAUCAAAGAAAACUCAAGCUCAAAUAACUUAUCAGGUUAUUUCUAGUAAACAAAGAAAAGUUAAUACUUCUUCUCAAAAGUAGGAAGGAAUGCUUAUGGUGCAUGCUAAAAUAUAGAAAAUCCCUGAACAUGAAAAAUAAACUGUCAGUGAUCAGAGUAUAUAUCCUAUAAUUCCAUUUAUAUGAAAUAUUCAUAGUUGGCAUAUAUAUAUAUAUAUAUAUAUACACACAUAUACAGAGGCAGACAUUAGAUUAGUGGUUGCUUAAGGCUAGGAGUGAUAUCUGAAGUGUAUGAGGUUUCUUUAAAUGUUGAUGAAAAUUUGUAAAGUUAAUUGUGGUGAUGAGUAGACAAUUCUGAAUAUACUACAAACCAUGAGUUGUACACUUUAUAUUUUAAAGAUUUAUUUAUUUAUGAGAGAGAACCAGUGCAUCACUGGCACAUGUGAUGCCAAGGCUUGAACUCAGCAUCUCAUGCUUGAGAGCCCAGAGGUUUAUCCAAUGCUCCACCUCCUGGGCUUCAGAAUUGUACACUUUAAAAGGGAUUAAUUGUAUGGUAUAUGGAUUGUAUAUCCAUAAAGUCACAAAACAGGGUGUAGCCCACAUGUCCAUUAAUAGGAAAAUGGAUAAAUAACUCAUAUUACAUCCACUUAGUAGAAUACUAUGCAGCCAUGAAAAAAUGGAGAUGUCUGUAAAUACAUUCUGACCUGUAUGGCAUCCAGAAUUUUAUAUUAUGUUAAAAAAUAAGUGUGUAUAAUUUCUAAACAAAAAACAUUUGUGUAUGUGUGGUAUUUGUAAAUAGAUGUCUGAAUAAAUUUAGGAGAAAGGUGGGAAUAUACAUAUAUAUAUAUAUAUAUAUAUAUAUACAUAUAUAUAUAAUUGUAAA